AUGAAGACCACAUUGGCUUGUCUGCUAAUCGCCGCCAUGUGCUUGGGCCUGGUUGCCUCCCAGAAAAUGUACACCAACCGUUUUGAUAACGUCGAUGUCGACAAUGUUUUGCGUAACGAUCGUAUCUUGACCAAUUACAUUAAGUGUCUGAUGGAUAAGGGUUCCUGUACACCAGAGGGACGUGAAUUGAAAAAACUCCUGCCCGAUGCCUUGCAAAGUGACUGCAGCAAAUGUACCGAUGUCCAAAAGAGAAACUCCCAAAAGGUGAUUAACUUCCUGCGUGCCAGACGUCCCGGAGAAUGGAAAUUGUUGUUGGACAAAUAUGAUCCCAAUGGCAACUAUAGAGCAAAACAUAACCUUUAAAUUC